UUUUGUGUGCUGGUACUGAUACAGCAGGUCCCCCUUAUUUACCCCAACCCUCAAAUAUCCCGCAUCCACCACCGAUUUUAACUGAGGAUGGACCUGCAGACCUGUCCCCCUCCAAGAUGGCGCCCGUGUAGACGCAUAUUACAAGUCCGAACCAGGUAUCUAUGUGUAUUUCAUAACGGUGAUGUGAAAUUACACUUUCUGCCAACAGAGCUGUCUGUAGAUAUAUUUUCUGUUUUUAUUGAUCUUGCUGAUUUGUUCCAGUUUGGACAGGAAAGGAAAUAAACAGUCCAGAUAACUGUUAGGAAACACCGAGCGCUGCUGCUGUUUCAGCCCGGACAUUAAAUAUCAAGCACUUCCGCCAGCUGUAGUCUGGAGUUUGUUGUUAGCCGUAGAGACAGGUAGCUCUCUCCUGUCGGAGCUAUGGCGGUGGUUAUGAUCUGCUAAAGUUAGUUUGAGUCUGAGUUUCUCAUGUAAACAGACUGGAACAAACGGAGCUCCUUUGUUCUCCCAAAGGGCGGGAAUGUUAGCCUGUUAGCAUCAGCUCGCGUUAGCCUCUGUUAGCCCGUGUUAGCUUUAGCUGUUAGCCGCAGCAUGAGCUCCCCCGCGGCUCUGCACACCCAGCUGGCCGCCGUCAUGGAGGCUCUGGUCCAUGCGGCGGUGUCGGAGCUGAAGAAGCUGAUGGAGGACGGCCUGAAGGUCCGGAGCAGCUGCUCCGAGGGAGAGGAGGAGGAGAGGCCGACCCAGGAGGAGCACCGGCGGGCUAAGAGCCGGGAGAAGACGGUGUUGUUUGCGUCCAUCAUGGAGACGCUGGGGAACGAGGCUCUGGGUAAAAUCAUGAACAUCGUGGAUGAGGCCAGACUGCUGCUGGAGCUGGAGCCCAGAAGGGGGAGCAAGAGACCCCAGACCAGCAUCCUCAACAUCCUCAGCGACGCACGGGUCGAGGUGGAGCAUUCGUACGGAGUCCGGCUGGAGAGCUCCGAGACGCAAAACUGCUCUCAGGCUAAACUUGAAGAAGCAGAGGCAGCAGAGAACCCGUUUGUCCCGGCGGUGACCGUUAAAGACGAGCACGGAAACAUCGACCUGGUAGCGAUUGAAGAGAGAGCUCGGGUGGAGGCGGAGUCUCCGGUGGUGUCCGAGCAGCAGGAGGAGGCGGGCUCAGCGGAGUUCGUCCUGCAGAGCGUGACGUGGAAGUACUUCUCGUGUACGGUGUGCGGUAAAUCCUUCACGUCUCAGAGCAACCUGAAGUCUCACUACCGCAUCCACACGGGCGAGAAGCCGUUCUCCUGCGGCGUGUGCGGCCGCUCGUUCCGCCAGAGGCAAAGUCUGCAGAGCCACGCCAGGACGCACACCGGCGAGCGUCCGUACGAGUGCUCAGAGUGCGGCAAGAGUUUCUCCAAACAGACGCAGCUGAAGACGCACUCCAUCAUCCACACCGGCGAGCAGCCGCACAGCUGCGACGUGUGCGGCCGCCGCUUCAACCUGCUGCAGAACCUCCACCGCCACGCGCUCACGCACACCGGCGAGAAGAUCUUUGUGUGCGGCGUCUGCGGGAAGGGCUUCACCCGCUCCGUGACGCUCAAAAUGCACGAGCUCAUCCACACCGGACAGAAACCCUUAAAGUGCGAGCAGUGUCCCAAAACCUUCCGCCACGCCGUCAACCUGAAGAACCAUCAAAGGAUCCACAGCGGCGUGCGUCCGUUCAGCUGCGACGUCUGCGGGAAAGCGUUCCGUCAGGCAGUGAACCUGAAGAUCCACCGCCGCAUCCACACGGGUGAGCGCCCGUACAGCUGCCCCGAGUGUGGGAAGACGUUCAGCCAGCAGAGCAGCCUCAUCUCGCACGGACGCGUGCACUCCAAAGAGCGGCCGUUCGACUGCAACUACUGCGACAAAAAGUUCAAUAACACCAACAGCCUGAAGCUCCACCUCCGCGUGCACACGGGAGAGAAACCGUAUGCCUGCGAUGUCUGCGGGAAGACCUUCAGCCAGGGCAGCCACCUGAGGACGCACAAGAGACACAUCCACGCCGGCGGCAAGCAGUUCAUCUGUGACAAGUGUGGCAAGAGGUACUCGGACCAGCGCAACCUCAAGCUGCACAAGUGCGUGUACGCCUGACGGCGGCAAUCACGGCGGCCAGUCACGGCAGCGGCCGGUCACAGCGCCUUCAGCCUCAGUGGAAAUACUUGAAUCCCAACGAGCCAGGGUUUGUUCUCUGGUAGAAUUUAUUUUUUCAGAAGGUGAAUUUGCUACAUAGAUACUGGAGCUGAUCGACCAAUCAGAGCUGAGAAUUACUGACAUGGUCAAAUGGCUGAUGUCACUCAGACCUCAUCCAGUCACUUUAAUAAAUUAUAUAUGUAACAAAUCAUGAGUCAUUAUAAGCCCCGCCUAGUGGAGUUCUGCACUCUGAUUGGUGAAUGUAUGUAAAACAUCAAAAAUGUUUCUGCUCUAAAUGUUUUUUUAUAAUUAAACCAAAAUUUUUCAUUUGUUGUA